AGUUGAACAAGAGGGAAAAAAAUUGAGUGGGAAAAGUAAACGGGUAUUAAAAUAGUGCUUUUUACUUUAUCUGGGACUGGCUUUCAACGACUAAGAGAAAAAGUGUUGAUAAUAGACCCUGUACAUACCUCCAAGCAGUGUAAUAGAAGCAGCCGUGAACAGGAAUCAACCAAACGGAAUAUACAACAAGAAUCAUUCCUUAUUAUUUUGACACGCAAAACAUAAAAAUCUUUGAUAUCAAAAUAGAAAAAUAAUCAUAUUUUAUUCCUAGGUAUCACAUCCUCUACUACUCAGUGAUAAAACAAAACAAAAGCAAAAGCAGAAGCAAUGCAGACCAUAAAGUGUGUUGUUGUUGGUGAUGGUGCCGUUGGAAAGACAUGUCUUUUGAUCUCAUACACUACAAGUAAGUUUCCAGCCGAUUAUGUGCCCACAGUUUUCGAUAAUUACGCCGUUACAGUUAUGAUUGGUGAUGAACCAUUCACAUUGGGUCUUUUUGAUACUGCCGGUCAAGAAGAUUAUGACAGAUUACGACCACUUUCUUACCCAUCAACUGAUGUCUUUUUAGUUUGUUUUUCAGUUAUUGCCCCAGCUUCUUUUGAAAAUGUUAAAGAAAAAUGGUUCCCUGAAGUACAUCAUCAUUGUCCAGGUGUUCCAUGUCUUAUUGUAGGAACACAAACUGAUUUGAGAACUGAUGAAGUUAUUUUGCAAAGAUUACAAAGACAAAAAUUAUCACCUAUUACAAAUGAUAUGGGUGAAAAGUUGGCAAAGGAAUUAAGAGCAGUUAAAUACGUUGAAUGUUCUGCUUUGACCCAAAGAGGUUUAAAGACUGUUUUUGAUGAAGCUAUAGUAGCUGCAUUGGAACCUCCAGUGAUUAAGAAGUCCAAAAAAUGUACAAUUUUGUAAAGAGAGUAAUCAAAUAACACCCAUCUUGGCCAUCAACCUUGUUUACUUUCUUUAAUACCAUUACUACUACUACAACUACUACUUAUUAUUAUUAUUAUUAUUACUACAACUUGGACUACUUUUACACCCCCAUUCCAAGCUUAACCUUUAAGUUUGUCAACUUGGUGUUAUACUCUUGCACCUUAAUACUCGUCUCCGUCAUGAGACAAUGUUCAAGACAUUGUCAACUCUAUAUCUUUUUACGAUACAAUUAGUUCUUUCUAUAGCUAAUGUAUAUCCUGUUUAACGUUACUGUAUGGUUCAAAUGAUGUCGUGGUUUAGUAUGGUGAAGAAGUUGAUGGUACCAAUUAUAAAG